AUGGCAACGAGCUCUGCCAUAGAUAUCGACAUGGUCAUCGAAAAAACCAGAAGGACUCCAUUUACAAACAGAAUCGCCAGCGUAAGGCUUCAUCACGUUGGGAAACUAAAAUUCCCCGAAUAUGCAGGAAACACAGACCCAAAGGCCCACGUACGAGCAUUUCGUCUAGUAAUAUCGAGAGCACACCUCACCGACGACGAAAAAGAGGCUGGUUACUGCUGCUUCUUUGCCGAGAACCUCACGGGGGCCGCCUUUGAAUGGUUCACUGGACUUGAAGAAAACUCGAUUGACAAUUUCACUCAGCUGGUAUCUACCUUCCUCAAACAGUAUUCAGUCUUCAUAGAGACAAGAGUUACCGAGGCAGAUCUUUGGAAUCUCAAGCAAGCACCUUCCGAACCGUUGAGAGUGUACACAAAUAAGUUCAGAGAAAUCAAGGCCAAGAUUUCGCAUCCGAAUGAGGUCGUCGCCCUAGCAGCAUUGAAGAAUGGCAUCUGGUUCUCAUCCAAAUUCUGGGAAGAACUAGCAGUACGAGCACCUAUCUCGUUGGAUGACGCCCUAAACCGAGCCUCUUACUUCGCCACCCACGAAGAGGAGGUCGCAGCCUUAAAAGAACAGUAUAUCGAGAACAAGAAUAAUGCGACUAAAAAGCCUACUGCUCCUAAGGAGCCAGCGACCAAAGGACAACAUUCCUAUGCAAUAAACAACUCACCACAAAAAUCUUCGACAUACGACCUCAGCAAAUAUUGCGUCUUCCAUGACCGCAAAGGCCAUUCGACCGAAGAAUGUCGAGCCGCGCUUCGCAGUCUGAACGAAAAUAAGAAAACCACAGAAGAAACCAGAGAGGAAGAAGAAGAGCCAGUGACUGCAAAAUCCAACCGAAAGGCCAAAUUCUCGACAAACAAAAGAGGCAGGGAGACCGAGCAGGAAUCACCGAGUUCUCCACCCCCAGCUCCGAAGAAAAGAGUCGACAUGAUUUCGUGGGGGCCAAACAACAACGCAACCGACGAAAUCAAGAGCCAGACCGAAGGGAAAAUACGCUUCGAGAUCACGGUAGCGAUCCGCACAUUAGAAAACCCCAAUUCGUGA